AUGAAGGUAAGAUUCCUUGCUUUGAUCCUACUCAUUGCAGGUAUUGAAGCCAUAUCAACAUCAGAAUUCAACAUGAAUUUCACUUCAGAUGGUAAGGGUCUUAUCCAGAGCAAUGAACAAGCACAGCAACUUCUUGGGAAAUUACAGGGAAACAUAGAAGACUCAAAAUACAUAGUUGAUGAAAAUGGGUACGAAAAAGAAGAAACAGUUGAUACUACAAGAAAAACACAAGGUGGAGGAAGUUCAGGAGGGUCAGGAAGUAGUGGAAGGGCAGGAGGUGGAGGCAGUGCAGAUGUUAAUCGCAGGCCACGUCAAAGUUCUGCACCAUCACAGUCUCAUUUUUGGGUCUCAAUGUUUAAUCUUUCUGUGAACUUGGCUUUUGUCAUAUUCUUUCCCUUCCACUAUGUCUGA